AUGACUUGUUCAACGCAAUACCAGGUCCAGAAGACCUCUUUCACAAACCAGCAAAAGCCGACAUCCUCCAAGAGCGGUUCGAAACAGGCAUUCGCUGCCCUACGUGCCAUGCCUCAGGUAAAGAGGUGUGGGUACUACCCGGAAAAGAGUGCGGCUACUGCGGCACGCCCUGCGGCUAAGCAAGCUCAUCCCCAAAUCCCCCGAUCAGGAACAGGAGUCAUGUAG